AUGCCAAAUCUCACCAUCCGCGACGAGAUCCCUAAACUUGAAGUUGAAACCACCCAUGGCAGCUUCAAGCUCCAUGACUACAUAGACACCUCCGUUGUCCUCUUCUCUCACCCUGGUAUGUAUUCAUGCAAUGGGUUUUGUUGUUUUUCUGUUUUCUUGAUUUUCGGGUGACUGAACUGAACUGAUGGGUCUGAGCGUGGAGUGAAGCUGCUUGGUUUGUCCUGCGACGAAGUCGAGUCUCACAAGGCAUGGAUCAAGGACAUUGAAGCUUACACUAAAGGCCACAAGGUCGGAUACCCCAUCAUCGCUGAUCCCGACAGGAAACUCAUUAAGUUUCUCAACAUGGUUGAUCCCGACGAGAAGGACUCCGCCGGCAACCAGGUUCCUUCCCGGGCUCUCCACAUCGUUGCCGCCGACAAGAAGAUUAAGAUGAGCUUUCUGUAUCUGGCGAGCACUGGCCGGAACAUGGAUAAAGUGAUAAGGGUGUUGGAUUCGCUGAAACUUGUGGCGAAGCACAAGAUUGCGAUGCCGGUGAACUGGAAGCCCGGAGAGGCGGUGGUUAUCUCUCCCAGCGUCUCAACCGACGAGGCCAAGAAGCAGUUCUUACAGGGGUUCAACACCGUCGAUCUCCCCUCCGGCAAGGAUUAUCUCUGCCUUGUCACCCAUUAA